GAUUUUUGACUCUGGUAACAAUGAAUUAAAUGACUCUAUGAUUCCAAGCACUUCAGAGUUCAAAACCAAGCCAGAUGGUUGGGAAACAACAUCAAAAACUCAAGAUGGAAAUAUUUGGGAGAUGUCACAGAGGGAGGAAGACAUUCUCCUCCAAGAAUUUGAGCGUCGAAUUGCAUUUUGUAAAUUUCAGAUUGCAAGCUUUAUCAAGUCUCAUAUAUUUAGCCGGAGGAGACCAAUUGAUGGGUGGAAGUACAUGAUAGAAGAGUUGGGACCAAAUGCCAGGAAAGGUAAGGGUAGCGUUUCAAGGCUGCCCAGUCUAUCCGAUGCAUCAACCCAACCUUUUAAGGAGGAGAGAACACCUAUUGGGAGCAGUGUUGGACGACCUCUCAAAGGGAGGUAGUCGCAUCUCAAAAUCCAUCAAUUGAACCAAUUUUGUGUAUUAAAUUUGAUAAUUAUGUUCAAUAUUGAAGUAUUUAUAGAAAUUGAUAUAUUGUUUGAGGUUUAUUACAAUUUACAAUUAUCACCUUAUAACUGAUUGUGAGUUUGGCA